AUGCAGCAUCUAAUAUACAAUCCUUUUCAGGUUCUUAAAAUUGUAUUAGUGUUUAAUUCUAUUAAUCUGGUUCAAAUAAUAAUAUAUUUUUAUCUAUUUUUCAGUAAUCUGGAUUCCUAUUAAAUUAUGGUGGAAAUUAUCUUAGUCAAUAUAAUACUGCUUUUUCAACUAGUAGCAAUACAUACACCUAAACAGUAUCUGUAUAAAGUUCUGUAUAAAGUGUAGCAGGAAUUUUGGUUGGGUUUUCAUCUGGGGAAAUCAAAAACUUUUUUUAGAAUGCUAAUCAUUAAACCUUUAACAACUGUACAAACUAAGUCAUAGGACUAUGGUAUAGCCAAAUAGAUUCAGUUAAUUUAGUUUUUGCUGCAUGCGGAUCUUCUAAAAUUUUUAUUUAUGAUAAAAACAUUCUUUCUCAAGGUUAGUCUGUUUAAUAAACUAUUUAUUAUGCUAUAAACUCAUAUUAGAUUGCAAAUAAUGUUAAUCUAAUAAAAUUUAUCAAAAUGGGGGUUGAUGCUAACUAUACAUGUGGAGGUGUUACUAAAUAAGGUCAAACAUAUUCAAUGUUUGUUUCUUAUUAUUCAAGUAAUACAUUCAACGUUUAUAAAUCAUUUUCUCUGA